CGCUCCACAGUUUCUGAAGCACCGUGUACAGUCCUUCUGACUUUUGCACCCAGAUCUGCAACCAUGAAGGUAGCUGUUCUCUUUCUUCUCAGUGCCUUGGCCCUGCUCAGUUUAGCAGGUAACACUACAGCUAAGGCUGUUGGAAGAAAGGCUAAUUGCAAUGCUGCAAUGGUGGGAUGUCCCAGGGUUUAUGACCCUGUGUGUGGGAGUGACGGAAUUACUUACGCCAGUGAAUGCUCUCUGUGCUUUGAAAACAGGAAACGCAUGGACCCUGUCCUCAUUCGAAAGAGUGGGCCUUGCUGAAAGUCAAUAUUUUGAACUCUGUUAAGGCAGACAUAAUGUUUAGCAAGUGGGUCUGUUGAAUAAAUGCAUCUGAACAUA